AUGCAAGCCCCAACCCCAGACCUGGUUCCCAGGUUCCCAGACUUGGCGCCGGUGAUGCCAAUCCGGGCGACGUAAAAUAAUCUUUGUUGCUAGUACACAUCAGGGGGUUCUGAAUUGCCCUCUGCCUGACUGUCUGUCUGCCAAGAUGAUGUUCUCGGACUGGCCCAGAAGUGCCUCAGGGAUGGAUGAAACAAAUAUUUAAACAGGCCUGUAGUAAGGAUAAUAACCUCUUCAAGAUAGAAUAACUUGUCACUAUAAGGCAGCUUCAGGCCUUAAAGGCCAGUUCAUAUUUUCCAGAUAUGCUUACCCUAUUAGCUGCUGAUUACCUGGUUCAAGUAUGUCCAGGUAAUCAGAUCAUGACGUUCAAAGGUAUGUUAGAAAACAAGCAGGAAUGUGGAUCCUCAAUCCCCGCCCCUGAUCAGGAAGUAGCAUAGCAUCUCAACUGUUUUUUUAAACGUAUUAUUCUAGGCUGUGUUGGCACACUAAAUAAUCUGUAUCAGCCUUUCCAUUUCCAUAAGGUGUAUCAAAUGCAAUUUUAGAAUUAUUAAAUAACAUGAUUCAAAUUUUCUGUUAGCUCGAGGAUUUAGCCUUGUUUGGUUUUUCAAACCACUCCUUUACAUCCACCUAAGGAUGCAAAUUAGAAAGCUGCAUACCUAAAAUGGAAUGCAUAAACAGACACUUGGUUUCUUAGUUUCAUUUCAUGUCUUGAAAUAAGUAGAAGUCGUAAGAAAGCUGAACAGUGUAGAGUAUCUCCAGUAAAGAGAGUCAUCAAGCUGCAUCAUGCAUCACACAAGGGCGACCCCUCCUGUUCCUCUGCCACGGACGCAGCGUUGCACUAAGACAAAGUCUCUUGAUGAGGAGUUGUUACGUACUAACUGCUCACCUGAGUGUCCUGCAGAACCUACAGAGAUGAGUCCCUAUCAGAACCAACCACCACCUGUGUUGCCCAAGAAGAAGAUUAUAAAGCAGAAUUCAGAAAAUAUUCAAACUUUGCCAAUCUAUGAAGAAGUAUUGAAGAUGAGUCCCUAUCAGAACCAACCACCACCUGUGUUGCCCAAGAAGAAGAUUAUAAAGCAGAAUUCAGAAAAUAUUCAAACUUUGCCAAUCUAUGAAGAAGUAUUGAAGGACAUGAACCGUCGCAUCUCUAGGAUGGUCUGUCAAGAAUCUCCUGCUGUCCCACCUACCCCACCAAAAAAGGAUCCUGAUGGCAAAAAGAACAACUCGGUAAUUACUUUCAAUCAAAAUGAUAAGUGUCAAGAGGUGCAGAAAAAAGAAUCUCUUUCCAGCAGGAACAUAUCUUGGAAAGAGUUCUGCAAUGAUCUUAAAAGAAAAGGAGCAACUGAGAAAGAAAUCAUUGUUGCCCUUGCUGAAUAUCUGUAUGAAGAAAUCCAAAAGUAUAAUGACAUGAUGUCUGAGCAUGGUAAUAGCCUCAAGGAAGCCAUUGAUGAGCUGCACUCCAUUGCCGCAAACAUAAACAAGGUUUCUAAAGGGACAAAGAUUGCUGGCAUCACAGGAGGAGCUACAACAGCAUUAGGAGGCGUGGCUGCAGCUGCUGGGGUGAUUCUGUCUCCCUUCACACUGGGAUCCUCGCUGGCUCUCACUGCAAUCGGAGUGGGUGUGGCUGCAGCGGGCGGUGUCACUGGUGCAUCAGCAGCCAUAGCAAACAAGGCAAAUCUUUCCAGUGACAAAAAGAAGAUCCAGGUGACCUUGCAAGACUUUGAAGAACGUUAUGAAAAAAUUCUCCCCUGCCUGAAGUUCAUCAAUGAGGGAAUGGAUCAACUGAAGCUGUAUGGUCAGUCUACUCUGAGUGAAGUCAAGACUGACUCAGAGAACGCAUCCAAGGUGCUCAGGAUGUAUACAAGUUAUACAAAUGUCAUGGCUGCAGGGAGAUGCACCAAGGUUUCCGGGACCAUACGAGGCUUUGCACUCGGGAUGGAGUUCUACUUCAAUCAGGAGAAAGAUGGGCAAAAACUGAAAAAAGACCUCAGGUCAAAGUUUGCAAAAAAAAUUGACAAGCUUGCAGAUGAUCUUGGAGAAGGCUUUAAUGAGCUCACUGAGAUUCAAAAGUUGUUUGCUUAACUCCAGCAGAUGUGAUUCAUAGUCUGCUUUUUGAAAGCACAUGUUGCAUUUACAUUUUGUACAUUUCAUGCAUGAAUUUGUUGAGUUUAAACUUCACACAAACAUUUAAAAAUGUCCAGAUGUCAACAAUUAUGACAUCACAUUAGGUUUUGUAAAUUAUCUAUUUUUGUCAUGGACAUGAUCAAAAUAAAGAUUUUUUUUUUUUACUUUAAA